CCUGUGCUGCUUUCCUGCUUGCUCUGUUUUCCUCGUGGGCUCCCCCAGCCAGUCACCCCCAUUUCCUCGAGGUUUUUGCUUGAGGUUUGCCCUCACGCCGUUUCUGCAGCCCUCAGCUCCCGCCCUGUCCCUGUGUCCCCUCAGGGAGGCCGAGGCCUGAGGGCAGAGCUGUGGGGACCCUCACAGGAGCACGGCCCACGGAGCCCACGGGCUCCAGCAGCACCAGCAAUGAACCUGAACGCUUUGCUCCAGCAAAUACAGUUCACCGAGAAGCAGGCCAGGGAGAAGAGGAACUUCAUCCAACAAGCUAAAUGCGACAUAAAUAGAGGUUAUGAAAAAAUUAACCAAAUAAAAGAAGAGCUGAGCGCUGCAAAAAUUAACUUAGAAACCAAGGUUCAGCAACUGUCUGAAAAGCAGUUCAAUAUAGAAAUUCUGAAGAAACACGAAGACGGCUUAGAAAAACAAAAAGCUGAGCUUAUUAAUCAAAGAACCAGUCUUCUUAACAUUGUGACAGAUGCAAAGAGAAAGAUUACUGAAGAGGAAGAUAAUUUUACCAGAGAAGUAACAGAGUUUAACAAUGAAUACGGACUAACAAGUAAUAGAGAUCUUCUUAUUAAAAAGAAAGUCAAGACUGAAAUAAAUGAUUUAGAGAAUGAGGCAGCUCUGUUGAAAAAUGAAAUGGAGUCAAUGGAACAUAAAAAUGUUCAGUUGAAUGCACUCCAGCUGCAGAAGAAUGAAUUAAAGCAGAAUUUAUUUACUCUCCAAAGUGAGCUCAAAGAUCUUGAGAAAGCAAUCAGGGAGGCUGAAACAAUGACAAAAGAUUUAGAAGCAGAAAAAGUUCAAGUCACUGAAAAACCUCAGACUGAUCCUGAAUGUUUAAGACUUAAGAAAGAAUUGGAAAAAUGCAAAGAUGGUAAUUGGGAAAGCCUCUCUGAGACUCUUCAAACAGAAAUUGAAAUUCUACAAAUGAAUUUAGCACAAAAGAAGUCUUCAGGGAAGUGAAUAAUACGUGGCAUAUAAUCUGGAGUGUCAUAGAAGCAAGUCUGAGAAUUUUUAAAUUGUUUUACUCAGGUUCUAUCAGAUAUGCUUCUAUUUU